AUCUCUACCUCGUACUGUACACAACGGAUGAUUCUUAUCUUUUAUAUCAAACGCGAUAUUUUGAUAACUUCAUUCAUAAAAUUUUAUUCGCUACUAGAAGUUAUCAGUCGUAUAUCUUUAUCGGAAAUAACUUUUCGAAAAGUGAUCAGUGAUGUACGUUGUAUGGAAGAUACUAUGACAAUUAAAAUUUGUUUAGUGACUGUAUAAAUUAAAAAGUAUCUGCGCCAGUUUGUGUAAAAUAUAAAGUUAAUUUUUGUGAGCACCUACUUCAAGAUCUCCUACUUAACUAUAAAUGCUUACUAUGGAUGACAGCUGUCGGCUUCUGACAACAGAACUAGACCCACAACGAUACACAGUUCCCGACAGCCCUCUGGAUCUAAGAGGAUCCACAACAGAAUCCACAGAAGUUAAAACGGAAAAAGAUAAAUCUAAAAAAACAAACCAUCAACUAAUUAAACCACCCUAUUCUUACAUAGCUCUGAUAACGAUGGCGAUAUUGCAAUCGCCUCAUAAAAAACUAACCCUGAGUGGCAUCUGCGAGUUCAUCAUGUCCAGAUUCCAUUACUACAGAGAAAAAUUCCCAGCCUGGCAAAACAGCAUAAGGCACAACUUAUCAUUAAACGAUUGUUUCAUAAAAAUACCUAGAGAACCUGGUAAUCCUGGUAAAGGCAACUACUGGACCUUAGAUCCUCUAGCUGAAGAUAUGUUCGAUAAUGGCAGCUUCUUGAGAAGGCGUAAAAGAUAUAAAAGACCGUCGCCGAAUUUAAUGUUGAGGGACCAUCAUGCUUCCGCGAUGGUAGCAUCGUUUUUAAGCAGUCAAGAAAACUAUCACCACAGCAUUUUUAGUCACACCAGUUUGCACAAUCCGUACUCUUAUAUUCCGGGAAUACCAGGGAAUAUGCCGACGAAUUUACCGCUUUUGAGCCCUAUGGAUCUAUCCAGACUUGGUUUAGGACAUCUAGGGUUAAUACCACAGCAUACUCUUUGUAAACCUGUACCUGUACAACCUCCUAGUGUUACGGAUACAGAAGAUUAUACCACCGAUAUUAAAAAAGCUAAAAAUGGCUUUUCUAUUGAUUCCAUCAUGGGGAACGAGGGCGGGAAUAGAGGUAAAAGUCCUGAUGUGAAUUUAGGCAGGAUUCAUAAUCAAGGAUCGGCAUUUUCGCCGCUUUCGUCUAGCGACGAUUGGACUAGGUGAAAAUUUUAGAAAAUCUUUAUAGAGGUAAUUAAUUUUGUAUUAUAUGUGCGGGUUGAACAGACUGAUCUUUAUAUAAGAAAAUGACAUACAUGUAUUAAGUACAAAAAUGCUUGAAACACUGUCUUAUAAUUAUUUAAGACACAAGUGGAUAAAGGUGUCAUGUCAUAUUUUUUCAGAAAAUGAUUUUAUGGCCUAAUAUACUUAAAAUAUACUAUAUUUUUUGUGUGUGAUAGUUCUGAUUUCCAAUUUUGAAAAAUAACGGCUAUUGAUCACAUAGGAAGGUGUCAUGAGCCAUAUAUUAAAAUGCAAUUUUAAACUUUAAACUUGUUUUUAUCGAAAUAAUCUUUUUUGUGACAUGACACCUUUAUCCACUCGUGUCUUCAAUUAUAAUAUCUCAAUAGGAAACGAUCUUUUUAAUAAAUUUGUUGGAAAAAUCGUAAAACAAAAAAACAGUGUUUCUGGUGCAUGUUUUAAUUAUAUACUACAUUCCAAAUAGUAAAAAAUUAAGAAUAUAAAAAUAUUUGGUACCUAAUUAAUUAACCUAAUUAGUAUUAGUUAAAUCCAAAAAAUUUUAUGCAAAAAAAUAAUGAUUGGAAACUUCUGGAUAAAUCUUAAAAUUUCAUAAAAAUAUCUUUUAAAUUAAAUAAAUAACAAACUCUUCUAUAAUUAGGACAGCAAGGCAUGAACAUUAAUCUACAAUUUUUAUUUCAGACAUUUGUUUUAGCAUUAAUGCUAUCUUUAAAGAACAAAAAUGUCUAAAAUACAUUAUAAAGUUUUUUUUUAAAUAUAAUUAAACAUGAAAUUAGAGCACAAAUAAAUAUCACACAAUGUGUUGUUUAAAAUGGAGAAUAUGUCAUAUAGGGGGCGCUAUGUAACAUAAACUGAGUAGGUAGGUACUUCGGAUAUGUUUUUUUUUAGUUACUAUUUGCAUCCGUAUUUUUAUUUCGUGGAAAAUUAAAUCGAAGUAGAUUCCACAUAAUUGACCAAUAUUUAGCAAUUUUUAUUUUGCAGUAUCGCUUGAUAUUUUACAACUUUAAUUGUUCCGUCAAUAAACUGUAGUUCUCGUAAAUUACUUAGACUCAGCUGUGUAGGCAUGUAACUUUUUUCCAUUCGUCUAAAGUCUAACUUUCAUUGGAUUUGUCCCCGUUUAAGCGGAAUAUUUUUUGAGCUGCAAUCAAUAGAGGUUUUUCCUUGGCCUAAUAAAUAAGUUACUUAUACAAUUAACUCAAAUACUCAUUCAUUAAUAUUUAUCUUGUAAAAUCCAAGUCUAGUUUGAUGUAUAUAAUUCCAACAAUACUCUAGACAUUAAAAUUGUUAUAUUCAUUUCAUAAAGUAUAGUGAUUUCUCUUAAAAAAUAAUUUUAUGGAGAAUUCAGCAAUAAGACUAUUCAUUGCGUUAUUUAUGAUUUCUAUUCCGUCAGAAUUAGAGAAAAAUUACCCUGAAACGAAAAUGUUUAGUAGAAUAGAAACCCAGGUAACAAUGAAAGAAAAUUUGACUUCUUUUGAUAAAAUUUCCCUUUACGCAAAGAUGAGAAUGAUCGGAAGAAGGUAUAUAUGCAUAUAUACAUUUUUCGGCGUUUUUUCCUAUUUUACUCACAAACGAUGCAUUUUCAUGAAAAAUUUUACUGGACUUUUUUGAAGAACACGAGCUUCUAUCGAUUGUGUUCCUAUAUAUUUUUUGCCAAACUUCAUAUUUUUGACGCUAGAGCACACCAAAAAAAAAUGUUUAUAUUUUGCGGUUUUUAGCAUUUUACUUGAAAACAACGUACUUUGGUGGAAAAUGUAAUAAGAGAAAAGUUGUAGAGCGGAAAAUUUCCUAUCGAACCUAUAAAACAGAUUUUCCGGAAACCCGUUGUUUCCGCUACAG